ACACACGUGGAUUUAUGUGUAUAUAUGUUCAAAUGUCAAGACUGUCAAAUUUUGCAAAAGGGAGAGAUUCAAUGAAAUGAUUUUCUCGUGAAAAAACUAAUUGCUUUUCCGUGUUUGAUAUUCAAAAGUGUGAAAUGCGAACGUGAACUAAACAAAACUUCAGUGCAUUCCAUCAAUAUAUUAGUGAAGGGUCCUCACAAAUUACGGCAUUAUUGAAUGCAAAACAAUUUCUGCACCAUUAGGACCCGUGUGUACACAGUCAGAAAAUGUCAAUUUUAAGUCAAAACAUCGAACGUCUUUACAAGUUUGGUGAACAAAUUAGAUAUUUUCAUUCAUGCAUUGCUAAUUAUCGAUCAGCCGUACCUAAGCUAUCGCCUCAAGAUGUAAAUCAUAUUUUACGAACGUACGAACAUUCGCAGGACUUUCACGAAGGUUCAGUAAAGAGCUAUGAUUCGAAUCAAUUGCCAUCGAACUAUCCAAUGGAAGAUUCAAGAAGCGAAGCAAGCUCCUUGUUCUCAUCGAGUCAUUUGUUCGGAGUAUUCGAUGGUCAUGCUGGACCGGCCUGUUCGCAAAUUAUUGCUAAGCGAUUAAUGCGCUACAUUGGCGUCAGUUUAGUGCCACCUGAUUUACUCAAACGUCAAUUAGAAAGUGGUGCCGAAAGUUAUUCAUUCUUAAAGUGUCAUAACGACAAGGUAGACUUUGUGGCAGAAAUCCAAGGAAUUUACGAGAAAAGUUUCUCUCUAUACGCCCAUCACCUAUGUAACAAUCCAACGAAUCUACUGCCAUUUCGAGAAGUUCUGGAAAAUGCCUUUCUUAGAUUAGACAACGAUAUAUCAAACGAAGCCCUGCAGAGUCCAAGCCUACGGACAAUGUCAGUGGCAAUGUCCGGUUCGGUUGCUUGUGUGGCUCACGUAAAUGGCAAUAAUUUGCAUAUUGCAAGUACUGGAGAUUGUGGGGCGGUGCUGGGUUCCAUUAGCGACACCGGACAAUUCAUGACCACUCUACUGACCGAUGCUCAUAAUUCGGAAAAUUUGGCCGAAUGUCGGAGAAUUUUUAGCGAACAUCCGCCGAACGAAAGAGAUACCGUUAUUCGCGGCGAUAGACUACUAGGUCAAUUAGCUCCGUUGCGGGCGUUCGGAGAUUUUCGAUAUAAGUGGCCGGUGGACUUAUUGCAGAAGGUUGCUAUUCCACAAUAUGGUGAACACGUCAUAGCACCAAAUUACUAUACACCGCCGUAUUUAACCGCAUUUCCCGAAGUAACACAUCACAUUCUAACGCCGAACGACCGUUUCUUGGUAAUAGCCAGCGACGGCUUGUGGGACGUGAUAUCACCGAUGCAAGUGACACAAUUGGUCGCGGAACAUAUGUCGGGAAAAGCAUUUUUAAAGCCAAUGGAAUUGCCAAAGAGAGACAUUACGUUGGGCGAAGUCUCGGAAAUGUUAAACCAACGCAGACUGGGAUUGCAGAAGAAACCGCAAGAUCAGAAUGCGGCAACACAUUUAAUUCGACAUGCGCUGGGAGGAUCUGAGUACGGUCUAGAGCAUUCGAAAAUUGCUCAUUUGUUGUCGCUGCCGCAGGAUGUAGUUAGGCUAUUUCGUGAUGAUAUAACCGUUACGGUCAUUUUCUUUGAUCACGAAUAUUUAACACAUUCGACUUGAAUGGAUUUUAUGAUGCUCCAACAAUGUCUCCGUUUAAUUUUUUAGUCAGACUUAAUGGUGAGAUAAUUUAUUUGUUUUUAUUUCUUCUCUUUUCUUGUUUUCGUUUAAGCACCUGAUUCUUGCGUAUUUUAAUAUUUGUGAUAGUCGAAACAAAUUUUUGUUUUGUUUUAAUGAAAUGAGCAAAAUAUACGCUGCAAAUAACUUGUUGAAA